UGGGGAAAGAGCAGCGCUGCAGCUGUGUCUGAGCGUCGGUGAGGGGCAGCUAGGCAGACAGCAGGCGCGGCAGGACGGGAGAGGCGGUCUGCUUCCCCCUUUGCCUACCUACAGCGCUCUGGCCGCCGCGCCAGCGGAGGGGAGCAUGCAAGUCAUUUUCGAAGGAUGCAAAAUGCCAGCAACCUAGCAGCUUGGGAUGAUUUUGCUCAGUGUACCACAAGCUGGGUCCUACGGGCCAGAAGCUGGAAGAAAGUGGCUGGAGUCCUCAGUGUGUCUGGGAAUCUGUGAAUCGUGACUCACACCGCUCCUCGGAUAUAUAAACAGAGAGCGAGCAAAGCCUUUGGUCUAUAACAGAACCGGUUUAAUUUUAAAAUGCUGGUUAUCCUUUCUUGAUGUGGGGCACAACAAAAUGGUUCUCCAGUAAAAAGAAGAAGAAAAAUCUUCUCUAAGAAACCGUGCGUCUUGCAACUGAAGUCACCAGAAAUCCAGCUGCUUCGGGAUUUAAUGGGCUCUUCCAAAGAUGUUAAGGGACUUGUGAGAAAUCUGCAGCACGUCGAGAAAAUCCGGUGAAAGAUAAUGCUAAACUGCAUUAGCGCUGUGCAAGGGUGGACCUAAAAGUUAUGAAGUGGUACCUGUCGUAACAACAAGCAAAUAUUGUUCUCGUUUAUUUAAUCAAGACUCGAACUAAUCAGAUCUUCAAGCAAUGGCAACAGAAGUGGUGUGUGGAUUGAUCUUCAGAUUGCUACUUCCAAUAUGUCUCGUAGCUGCAUGUGUGUUCCGUUACAAUGGGCUCUCUUUUGUCUACCUCGUCUACCUCUUGCUCAUUCCUCUAUUUUCAGAACCCACAAAAACAACGAUGCAAGGACAUACAGGACGGUUAUUAAAAUCCUUGUGUUUCAUCAGUCUAUCAUUCCUGCUGCUGCACAUCAUCUUCCAAAUCACAAUAAACAGCCUUGAAGCUGGAAACAAUAUUGAACCUGGUUUUAACUGUUCUACAUGGGAGAAAACAUUACGACAGAUCGGUUUUGAAAGUGUGAAGGGAGCUGAUGCUGGCAACGUGAUCAGAGUGUUUGUACCAGAUAUUGGGAUGUUCAUUGCUAGCUUGACCAUAUGGCUUGUCUGCAGAAACCUUGUGCUGAAGCCAGUGACAGAGGAUGCAGCACAGUACAACACACAAUUUGAAAAUGAAGAAAUGGCUGGAAGAGAAAAGUUAGAGCCAGAUGAUGCAUUAAUAUGUGAAGAUUUGGAUGGUGGAGAAAAUAGCGAAGAGGAAUUUGAAGAAACCACAAAAUUAAAACUACUGCGCAGAAUUGCCUCAGUGGCUUCCAAAUUGAAAGAGUUUAUUGGAAAUAUUAUAACCACCGCUGGAAAAGUUGUUGUUACAAUUUUACUUGGUUCAACAGGCAUGAUGUUGCCAUCUUUGACGUCAGCUGUGUAUUUCUUUGUAUUUUUGGGGCUCUGUACAUGGUGGUCCUGUUGCCUAGCAUUUGAUCCGCUGAUAUUCAGCUGUCUGUGUGUAUUAAUGGCUAUAUACAGUGCGGGGCACUUGAUUGGACUUUAUCUAUACCAGUUACAAUUCUUUCAGGAAGUUGUUCCUCCAAAGGACUACUAUGCAAGGUUAUUUGGUGUCACUUCCGUAAUUCAAACCAACUGCUCAAGCACCUGGAAGAUCAUAGCAAACCAAGAACUACUCUGGUAUCACCAUGCCAAUCCCAUAUUACUGCUGGUGAUGUACUACACCCUGGCAACUCUUAUUCGCCUUUGGCUACAAGAGCCCGUUGUAAGGGAGAUAGAUGAUGAUGAGAAAUCUGGUAUCAGCGAAGAAGACAAAGAAACAGACUGCAACCCAACCUCAAGGAGACGAAGUUUGUGGUAUGCAAGCCACUACACAGCUGAUGAGAGAAAACUUCUGUCAAUGACUCAAGAUGAAUACAAGUCAUCUGAUGUCCUGCUCGUAACAGUGAAUGGGACUCCUGUAGAUUAUCACACCAUGCACCCCACACUUCACUUGGAGAAUGGCCCUGCCAAAGCUGAGAUGUACUCAACCCCACAGUAUAAAUGGGAGCCAUCAGAUGACAUGUCAGAAAAGAAAGAAGAGGAAGAUGAGGAAGAAGAAGAGGAGGAAGAUAUUCAGGAGAAAAAAGAAAAUGUUAAAAUACAUGCUAUGGUCUCUGUCUUCCAUUUUAUCAUGAAACAAAGUUACAUUUGUGCUCUGAUUGCAAUGAUGGCUUGGAGUAUCACUUAUCACAGUUGGUUGACUUUUGUGUUAUUGAUCUGGUCCUGCACGCUUUGGAUGAUUCGUGACCGAAGGAAAUACGCUAUGAUCAGUUCACCUUUCAUGGUUGUUUAUGGAAAUUUGCUGUUAACAUUACAAUAUAUAUGGAGUAUUGACCUCAAAAAUGAUGAGCUUCCUAAAGUUUCCGGAUUUUUAGAAAAGAAGGAUCCUGGGGAAUUAGCAUCAAAGAUCCUUUUCACGAUUACUUUCUGGCUACUGCUUAGGCAACACCUAACAGAGCGGAAAGUGCUUCAGCUAAAAGAAGCUACUUUAGCUGAGGUCAAAGUUGAAGAUGAAGAAAAUGAAGAAAAAGAAGAAGAAUUGCAAGAUGGGGAAGUGACAGAGGAGGCAGAUGAAGAAGAUGAGGAUGAACAGGACAUUAUGAAAGUCCUCGGAAACUUGGUGAUGGCUAUGUUCAUUAAGUACUGGAUUUAUGUCUGUGGAGGAAUGUUCUUCUUCGUCAGCUUUGAGGGUAGAAUUGUCAUGUACAAAAUCAUCUAUAUGAUGCUCUUCCUCUUCUGUGUGGCCCUGUACCAGGUGCACUAUGAAUGGUGGAGGCGAAUCCUAAAAUAUUUUUGGAUGUCAGUAGUUGUUUACACUAUGCUGGUGCUUAUCUUCAUCUAUACAUAUCAAUUUAAAUCAUUUCCUGGCUUGUGGAUGAACAUGACAGGGCUAGAUGAAAAAAAACUAGAGGAUCUUGGUUUAAAACAGUUUUCUGUGGCUGAGCUGUUCACACGUAUCUUUAUUCCAACCUCUUUCUUAUUGGUGUGUAUAUUACACCUUCAUUACUUCCAUGACCGUUUCCUCCAACUCACUGACUUAAAAGCUGUAACCAGCAAACAGGACAGCGCUAUUUACAGCCAUGCUAAAGUCAAUGGCCGUGUUUAUCUAAUAAUAAAUAGCCUCAAGAAAAAAAUACCAAACCACCACAAUGAACUGGUGCACCAAGAUGGAAGUCUGCCUGACAUAACCAUGCUGAAUUUAACUGCCAGCAACGUAAAGGAAGAGGAUAAAAAUCUGGAAGAGCAUGGUGAUGAAAGAAUGGCAGAGAGAGAUGGGGAGGGGGAGAAAGGUCAGGAUGAAAAAGAGAAAGAGGAGGAGGAUGAAGAGGAGGAAGAGGAAGAGGAGGAGGAUGAAUCUGAUGUAGAAGAAACUUCCGAUUUAAAGAAUAAGUGGCAUCUGGUGAUUGACCGCCUCACGGUGCUAUUCUUGAAAUUCCUGGAAUAUUUUCAUAAACUGCAAGUUUUUGUGUGGUGGCUUUUGGAGCUGCAUAUUAUCAAAAUUGUUUCUUCAUACAUCAUCUGGGUCACAGUGAAAGAGGUGUCUCUGUUUAACUUUGUGUUUUUGAUUGCCUGGGCUCUUGCUUUGCCAUAUGCUCAAUUCCGCCCAUUGGCAUCAAGUGUCUGCACUGUUUGGACAUGUGUGAUUAUCGUCUGCAAAAUGUUAUAUCAGCUCACGUCUAUUGACCCUAGCACCUUUUCCAGUAACUGUACAAUGCCUACAGAAAAUGAAACUGACAUAGGCAGUGAAGAACUGAAGACAUCGCUUCUCUACAGCGCACCCAUUGAUCCUACAGAGUGGGUUGGAUUAAGGAAGUCUUAUCCCCUGCUUGUAUACUUAAGGAAUAACUUACUGAUGCUGGCUAUUCUGGCCUUUGAAGUUACAAUUUACCGGCAUCAGGAGUACUAUAGAUGUCGAAAUAAUCUUACUGCACCUGUGACUAAAACCAUUUUCCAUGACAUUACAAGAUUACAUUUGGAUGAUGGACUUGUAAACUGUGCCAAGUAUUUCAUAAACUACUUCUUCUACAAGUUUGGGUUGGAGACCUGUUUCCUACUGUCAGUUAAUGUAAUUGGUCAACGAAUGGAUUUCUUUGCCAUGAUUCAUGCCUUCUGGUUAAUUGCUGUAUUAUAUCGACGUAGAAGAAAAGCUAUUGCAGAGAUUUGGCCAAAGUACUGCUGUUUUCUGGCAUGCACCAUUAUAUUCCAGUACUUCAUUUGUAUUGGCAUUCCACCUGCUCCUUGUAAAGACUAUCCAUGGAGAAGCCCUAAUGCCAACUUUAACUCCAACAUCAUAAAGUGGUUAUACUUUCCAGACUUCAUUGAAAGACCAAAUCCUAUUUUUCUUGUCUACGAUUUCAUGUUGCUGCUCUGUGCAUCCUUACAAAGACAAAUGUUUGAGGAUGAAAAUAAGGCUGCUGUGCGAAUCAUGGCUGGGGACAAUGUGGAAAUUUGCAUGAACCUUGAUGCAGCGUCAUUUAGCCAGCACAACCCUGUUCCCGACUUCAUUCACUGCCGAUCUUACUUAGAUAUGUAUAAAGUGAUAAUAUUUAGUUACCUCUUCUGGUUUGUGCUUACUAUCAUCUUCAUCACGGGAACUACAAGAAUCAGCAUAUUUUGUAUGGGUUACUUGGUGGCCUGUUUCUAUUUCCUGCUCUUUGGUGGUGAUUUAUUAUUGAAACCUAUCAGAAGCAUUCUGCGUUAUUGGGACUGGCUGAUUGCAUACAAUGUCUUUGUGAUUACAAUGAAAAACAUACUGUCGAUAGGAGCAUGUGGCUACAUUGAGUCAUUAAUUCGAAACAGUUGCUGGUUGAUUCAAGCAUUUAGCCUGGCUUGUACAGUUAAAGGAUACCAUCAACCUAAAGAAACUGGAGACUGUAAACUGCCUAGCGGUGAGGCAGGAAUUAUUUGGGACAGUAUAUGCUUUGCUUUCCUGCUGCUGCAAAGAAGAGUCUUCAUGAGCUACUACUUCCUACAUGUGGUUGCUGAUAUAAAAGCUUCACAGAUCCUGGCAUCAAGAGGUGCUGAACUUUUCCAGGCCACAAUUGUCAAGGCAGUAAAGGCAAGAAUUGAAGAAGAGAAAAAAUCAAUGGAUCAAUUGAAGAGACAGAUGGACCGCAUCAAAGCCAGGCAACAAAAAUACAAAAAGGGUAAAGAAAGAAUGCUGAGCAUGACCCAAGAAUCAACAGAAGGGCAAGAAAUUCAAAAGGCUUCUGAAGAAGAUGACGAAGGAGAAGCAGACAAAGAGAAAACCAAGGGCAAAAAAAAGCUGUGGUGGCGGCCUUGGGUUGAUCAUGCUUCCAUGGUCAGAAGUGGAGAUUAUUAUUUAUUUGAGACGGAUAGUGAAGAAGAAGAGGAGGAUGAAAAAAAAGAUGAUGAUGAACCUCGGAGGAGAUCUGCAUUCCAGUUUGUGUAUCAGGCCUGGAUUACUGAUCCUAAAACUGCACUUCGACAGAGGCGCAAAGAGAAGAAAAAGUUUGGGAAGGAAGACAAGCGAAGGCGAAAAGGAUCUGGGGAUGGAGCUACUGAUGUAGAACAUGAAGAGAGAGAAGAUGAACCUGUCAAAAAGAAAUCAGAUGGGCCAGAUAAUAUCAUCAAAAGAAUAUUUAAUAUUUUGAAGUUCACCUGGGUCCUUUUCCUGGCAACACUAGAUAGUUUUACAGCUUGGCUCAAUUCCAUUUCAAGAGAGCACAUUGAUAUCUCUACUGUGCUGAGAAUUGAGAGAUGUAUGCUGACCAGGGAAAUUAAAAAGGGGAAUGUUCCAACUCGUGAGAGCAUCCAUAUGUAUUACCAGAACCAUAUGAUGAAGCUUUCUAAGGAAUCAGGACUGGACACAAUUGAUGAAAAUCCUGGUCAAGAUUCUAGUUUACAGGCAUCUGAGAGGAUGGAUAGUUUAGAUUCAGCUGCUUCUCAUGACAGUAUUUCCAGCUGCUACACUGAAGCAACCAUGCUGUUCUCAAGGCAGUCAACCCUUGAUGAUUUAGAUGGACCAGACACUGUUCCUAAAACAAGUGAGCGCGCUCGACCUAGGCUUCGUAAAAUGUACAGCAUGGAUAUGUCCUCCUCAUCAGCUGACAGUGGCAGUAUAGUGUCAAGUGAACCUACCCAGGUCACCCUGCUGUAUUCUCGUCAGGGCACAACAGAAACCAUUGAAGAAGUAGAAGGGGAGCACGAAGAAGAAGGGACAGGUUCUACAUCAAGACGAGAGGAUGAGGUGGACGAUUAUGGCUUGGAUUCAGAAGGAGCUGCGUACACUCCUGAUACUGACGUGCCAUCAUACUCUGCUGCGGAUGGCAAUGCUGAAGUCCCACCUUCAUACAGCAAAGCUGUCAGCUUUGAGCAUCUUUCCUUCAGUUCCCAAGAUGACUCUGCUGGCAAGAACCUCAUGAUGGUGAGCCCAGACGACAGUCAAAUUGACAAGCUAAAUGAUACUAUCCUCCCUCCAUUGACACACGACCUGACUGCCAGUGAGCUGCUUCUAAACAAGAUGUUUCGUGAUGAAGAGCUGGAGGAAUCUGAGAAAUUCUACAUUGGUCAGCCUCGACUAUUGCUUCUCGUUUAUGCCCUGUAUAAUACACUGGUGGCCCGGUCAGAAAUGGUGUGUUAUUUUGUGAUUAUCCUUAAUCACAUGAUCUCUGCCUCCAUGAUUACCCUUGUGCUUCCCAUCCUUAUAUUCCUUUGGGCCAUGCUGUCUGUCCCCAGGCCUAGCAAACGCUUCUGGAUGACAGCCAUUGUCUACACUGAGGUGACCAUUGUUAUCAAGUACUUCUUCCAGUUUGGUUUCUUUCCCUGGAAUAAACAUGUGGAUUACACCAAAGAUAAACCUUACCAUCCGCCCAAUAUUAUUGGUAUUGAAAAGAAAGAGGGUUAUGUGCACUAUGACCUUGUUCAGCUCCUUGCUUUGUUCUUCCAUCGAUCCAUUUUAAAGUGCCAUGGGUUAUGGGAUGAAGAUGAUGAAGGUGAAAGCUGCAGUAGUAAAGAGGAAUAUGGCGAUGAGCUCUCACUGGCAGCAGACAGGAGAGAUUCUGCUGACUCUUUAAAGUCAGUGAACCUUGCGGCUUCUGUGGAGUCCAUACAUGUCCAUUUCCCAGAACAGCAGACUGCCAUCAGGAGAAAAAGUUCCAGCAGUGGGUCACAACUUUCACACAGAUCCAGUUUCUCCUCACAGAGGUCAAAGAGAGGGAGCACCAGUACACGAAACAGCAGUCAGAGAGGAAGCAGUGUAUUAAGCAUUAAGCAAAAAUCUAGAAAAGAGCUUCUUAUGGAAAAGUUUCGAGAACAAAUGGUCAAAGCAAAGGCAUUUACAAUUAAAAAGACUCUUCAAAUAUAUGUGCCCAUCAGACAGUUUUUCUACAAUCUCAUUCACCCGGAAUACAGUGCUGUGACUGAUGUUUAUGUGCUGAUGUUCCUCGCAGAUACUGUGGACUUCAUCAUCAUUGUGUUUGGGUUUUGGGCUUUUGGGAAACAUUCUGCUGCAGCAGAUAUCACCUCUUCAUUAUCAGAAGACCAGGUACCAGAGGCAUUCCUGGUAAUGGUGCUCAUUCAGUUUGGGACCAUGGUGGUAGACCGAGCACUGUACCUCAGAAAGACUGUCAUGGGAAAAGUCAUCUUCCAGGUCAUUCUUGUUUUUGGGAUACACUUUUGGAUGUUCUUUAUCUUGCCUGGAGUAACUGAAAGGAAAUUUAGCCAAAACACAGUUGCCCAGCUCUGGUAUUUUGUGAAAUGUGUUUAUUUUGGGUUAUCGGCAUAUCAGAUUCGUUGUGGUUACCCAACCCGUGUUCUUGGCAACUUCCUCACCAAAAGUUACAACUAUGUAAACCUCUUCUUAUUUCAAGGAUUCCGUCUGGUUCCGUUUUUGACUGAGCUGAGAGCAGUAAUGGACUGGGUUUGGACUGAUACCACUCUGAGCCUUUCCAGCUGGAUCUGUGUUGAGGAUAUUUAUGCUCAUAUAUUUAUCUUGAAAUGUUGGCGAGAGUCUGAAAAGAGAUACCCCCAGCCAAGAGGCCAGAAGAAAAAGAAAGUUGUGAAGUAUGGAAUGGGUGGCAUGAUUGUUGUCUUGCUGAUUUGUAUUGUCUGGUUUCCUCUGCUCUUCAUGUCUUUAGUCAAAUCUGUUGCAGGCGUCACCAACAGGCCUCUUGAUGUAUCAAUCACAAUAACCCUCGGAGGUUAUCAGCCUAUUUUUACAAUGAGUGCUCAGCAGAACCAGCUCAAGGAUUUGAAUCAAACUGAGUAUGAUUCGUUUCAAAAAGAAUAUUCGGGUAAUACUGGUGCUUUGCAGUUUCUAGAAAGCUAUGGAAAAGAAGAUAUAACUGUAGCAGAACUAGAAGGGAAUUCAAAUUCAUUGUGGACUAUCAGCCCUCCCAGUAGAAAGAAAAUGAUUCAAGGUCUCCGGGAUUUUUCUGCUGAGUUCACUCUAGUUCUUUCAUGGAGUAUUCAAAGAAACCUCUCUCUUGGUGCAAAAGCAGAAAUAGCAUCGGAUAAGCUUUCCUGUAACCUACUGAACAAAACUAGAGAAAAUAUCGCUACAAUGAUGUCUGGGGAUGACACGGUAAAGAAGGUGAUGCUAGAAAUGAUGUUUCCAUAUUACAUCAAGGCACCUAGUGAUUCUCUGGCAAAACCCAUAAAGCAGCUAUGGAAAGAGGGGAGGAUGGAAAACAUCACUGUUUCUCUUAUCAAAAAUGAGUCUAAAGAUGGGGUUCGUGAAUGGUGGGUUCUCAAUCAGCUUGGAAAAAGAUAUAGACAGGAAGAAAGUCUUGAACUCUUUGUAUUCAGUGACAAAGUUAGCCCUCCUAGCCUUGGAUUCUUGGCUGGCUAUGGUAUUAUGGGACUUUACGCCUCAGUUGUCCUGGUGAUAGGGAAGUUUGUCCGUGAGUUCUUCAGCGGGAUCUCUCACUCCAUCAUGUUUGAAGAACUACCAAACGUGGACCGUAUCUUGAAGUUAUGUACUGACAUUUUCUUAGUAAGAGAGACUGGAGAACUGGAACUAGAGGAAGACCUGUACGCCAAAUUAAUAUUCCUGUACCGCUCACCAGAGACGAUGAUCAAAUGGACUAGGGAAAAAACUAAUUGAUCUCUUUGGAGUCACACUGCAAAUCAAGUUGACUUCAUCUGAAUUUUAAAAAAGCACAAUAUUCUCAUAAGAGCUAAGCCUUUUAUAGUUAGGUAGCAAUGAUUUUUCACUGACUGAGUCCAGGAAGCUACUUCCUUAGGAAUCCAUGCUGCCUUUCAAAUUAAGGAUUAAUGGUGAAGAAGAUUGGUUUGAUUUUUUUUUUAAAUGCCCACUCUUCUAAAAUCUGGGGACCUUGCUUUGUAAUUUAAUCAACCAAAUGUUCUGCAUCCUUGACUGGGUAAGUUAAUCUUCUGGACAUUAAAUUUCUACCGUUAAAGGAAAAGGAAAGAAAGAAACGAUCCCUCAGAGGACUUCACUGGACCUUUUCUGGAGCGAUAGUUUGUGCAAUAUGCUGUUGUACGUCACUGACUUUCAAGAUACAGUAAUGGGAAUCUGACUAGCCUUCAGGACAAGCAUGCCAAAAGGCCAUAGUGCGAGCUGAAGAAAUGCUAGCCGUAUCCAUUUUUAGAAAAGCAGAGGUUUUGAUGUACCGAAGACUCUGUGGACAACCCUCUGUAAGCAAAAAGAAAACAAGUGACAAUCUCUUUAAUUACCUUAUUUUAUUUGUACAGUCCCAGGAGACAUUUCCAUGAAACAUCAAUGACUUUUCUCAGGAAAAAAAACUUGGUUUUAGCACUUAGUUAAACCUUAAUGAAUUAUGGAGCAUUGGGAUGUUCUGCUGGGCUAUCUUCCCACAAUUACUUCUUUCCUUUAGACAGAGAAAAACCAACUGAAUGACUAAGGAGCUGUUUCACUUCUUAUAUCUCUUUGAAGACUGAAUAGUGUGUGCUACUCUGUGCUUCCCCACUACAUGCUUUUUCCCCCCAUUUUGAUGAUUUAAGGCAAUGGUUUUGUUAUCUGAUAUUCUCCUUCCAGUGUUUCAGGUAUACAAAAAUGUUUACAUAUUCCAAUUUACAUUUUUACAUCCGAGACGGGUUUUUUAAGUUCCCAAAUAUAAAAGUACAUAUGAGCUUGAAAAAUGGCCUUUUCUUAAAUUACUCUUGUUGGUGACACAAAUGGUUCAUUAGAGAACAUUGUAGCAUGACAAUUUAUGAUUGCAAUGUAGGUUUAAUUCCAUGUUAAAAAAAAUGCAAUUUCUGAAAAACAAAAUCAUUGAGUGGGUAGGGUAUGUUAAAAGGUUAUACUGUGUAGUUUUGAUUCAGUAAUGACUUAAAAUAAAGCACAUGAUGCAAAGUCAUUAUAGAGGUAUUUUUUCUUCUUCCUCUUUACACUAAAUGGGAAAUGUCUUUAUAUAGCUAAGAUAUUCACAGUGGAGAUAAAUGACAGUGACAAAUGAAUCACAUUCUUUCCGUUUUCAGAGUGGUAGCCGUGUUAGUCUGUAUCAGCAAAAACAAUGAGGAGUCCUUGUGGCACCUUAGAGA